AUGGUGAAUCCCCUCCGAAAGGUCUACAACAAGACCCCAUGGCAGCAAAGACGACUCAGUCAACCCCUCUCUGACCCGAACUACAUUGCAACCCCACUCCAACAGUCUACCAUUUACGAAGACGACGAUCAACAACAAGGUCAACACCAUCAACAACAAGAACAAGACCAACAGCAACAGCAGAGCUUGAGCCCCGCUACACAACCACUCCACCGCCAAGUCUCUAUAGCACUCCCUCCUAACAGCAACAACAGCGGCAAUAAUAAUAACAACAAUAACACUAAUGGCACGCCUAGCAGCGAGCCAGUGCGCCGGGUAUUGACGCGGGCAGAUACGAAGAUCUCGCUCCGCAAGUCCAAAAAGGACUCUCGUCGAGUGUUUGUCAACAUGCCCCUUCCAGCCCAGUACCUCGACAAAAACGGUCUUCCAAAGCUCUCCUUUGGCUCCAAUCGUAUCAACACCGCCAAAUACACCGCCCUCUCUUUUUUGCCAAAGAACCUGUUUGAGCAGUUCCGCAGAGUCGCCAAUAUGUUUUUCCUGUUUAUGGCCAUCAUCCAGCUCACCCCGACUUUCACCGUCGGCUCGCCCUUCCUCACCGUCUUCCCCCUCUGCUUCGUCGUCGGCGUCACCGCCAUCAAGGACGGCUUCGAGGACUACAAGCGCCACGUCGAGGACCGCAACUUCAACCAGCGCCUCUGCCAGCAGCUCAAAAACGUCGUCAACUACAAUUACCCGACCGCUGACUACAUGGCCGCACAGAAGAACAAGAGCCUCCCAGCGAGAGCAUGGGCCGGUCUCGUCCAUGGCAUCAGCAAUACUACCAUGUCAACUCUGAGAGCUCUGAAACUGUCCAAAAAAUCGCCACUCCAAGACAAUUUUCCUCAGCUGGAUCUGAACCAGCUCAAUGCCGCCGACACCGACCUGCAACAACAGCCACGGAAUGAUACCGCUAACAACAGCUCGACAGAACCACAACCCGAGUUUGUCAAGGAGCAAUGGCACAAUCUGCGCGUCGGAGACUUUAUCAUGCUCAAGAACAACGAGGCUGUCCCCGCCGACGCCAUUAUCCUCUCCACCUCCGAGGCUGAGGGCUCGUGCUUCAUUGAGACAAAGGAUCUGGACGGCGAGACCAAUCUCAAGACACGCAUGUCGAUCCAUGAGACCUCAAAGUACAACACCGCCCGCCGCUGCAGCCGACUCAAGUUCUACGUCGACAUGGAGCCCAUCAACGCCAAUCUGUUCACCUUCAACGGCUCCCUCACCAUGCUGGCCAAGAAGCGUCGCCCAGCCAACCAGCCACCAGGACACUCUGCUGGACCCUCAGGAAACAGGCGCCUCAGUCACUAUGCGCCCUCGAUCACCUCCAGUAUGAUGUCCAGUGUUCGUGGAUCCAUGGAUGAAAACGACGCCUACAGGGAAUCGUUUGAGCAGGGAUAUGGAAACUCCUCGUCUGCCGACGGCUCGCCCGGGCCUGCUCAGAGUGGAACCAGUGCCUCCGACUAUGCGCGUCUCCACAAGUCGCCUUCGCAGAAGAGACGAUCCCGCCUCUCUGGCUCUCAUUCGCAUUCUCAUGGCGAUCCUGCCUCAUCCAACUCGCCCACAACGCAAACUGGGGAUAUUUAUUCCUCAGGAGACAAGCAGGAGUACGAGGAGCCAUCCGAGAUUGACCAGGACGACCAACAUCCUGGAGCAGAAUCAUCCCUCCAUCCUACUAUGUCCAAGCGCCACAGUCUCCACAGGACUCCCACCGCCAUCAGCAUGGCAGGGGCCAGUGCUAUGGCUAAGAGUGUUCUCAGGUCCAAUUACGAGCAGCAGUUUCAGCAGCAGCAACAGCAGGAUGUGGCCUCACCCCGUAGACAAGAAUCCUCUGCAACCGGCAGUGGCGCGGUUGACAGUCCCCGCGAUUUCGAUGCUUCCAAGAACAGCUCCCCCUACAAGGAGACCACCAUCCCUGUCGACAUUAACAACAUGCUGCUGCGUGGACAUGUCAUCCGUAACACUCAUUGGGUCAUUGCCGUCAUUGUUGCGACCGGUACCGAGACCAAGAUCAUGUUGAACUCUGGCGAAACCCCAAGCAAGCGCAGUCGUAUCGAGAAGACCAUGAACGUUCAGGCAAUGGGAUCGACUAUCUAUGACCGCAAGUGGCGAGGCACAGGGGCUGAACAGUUAUGGGAUCAAUCGGUUCGUGGAGUGACUACCGAAGGUGUUAUUACAUUCUUCACGAGUUUGAUUAUUUUCCAAAACAUUAUCCCCAUCUCCCUGUACAUCUCCAUCGAGUUCGUCAAGACCUUUCAGGCGUACUUUAUCUGGCAGGACAGCGACAUGUACGACAUCGAGCUGGACCAAUUCUGCACCCCCAAGACUUGGAAUUUAACGGACGACUUGGGCCAGAUUGAAUACGUCUUUUCGGACAAGACGGGAACCCUGACCAGGAACAUCAUGGAGUUCAAAAAGUGCUCCAUCAACGGCAAAAUCUACGGAAACAACGCUGUCGCCGGUCAGACAGAUGCCGAAAUGGGUCUAGCAUUGAUGGGCGGUCAGGACCCUAGCCAGGAACGUGGCGGGGAGACUGGUGGCCAGCAACAGCAGCAGGGUUCUGGAAACAAGGGCGACAAGCAGGCUGUGCUGAAGGAGUACGACCAAGAAGUCAAAAAAAUCUUUGAGCCCGCCUAUAUGGACCCCCUCGAGAUCCUCACCUUUGCCGAUCCAGACAUCAUCCGCGACCUCACCGGACAUGGAAGCGAGGACAGAAGUACCACAGCUGCUGCCAGCAACAACGGUGAGGGUAGCUCGACCUAUGCCCAGCAAGCUGGAUCAGGAUCGAGCGUACCUCAGCAUGAUGGCUCUCCCUCCAGCAACAUUCACGACUUUUUCACCCUGCUGGCUCUUUGUCACACUGUAGUCGUUGAGCAGCCUGAGGAGGUGCUCCAAGAUGACGAGGAUGAUGAGUUUGGUCUCUUCGCCGACAAUGGUUCACCUCCUACCAACAAUGGUGUCGAUGAGAAUGACCAGGUCGUGGAUCCCCAACAAGAGCAGCACAAGGGUUUGGGCAUUCGCGAAAAGUUGAGGCAAAAGGCUGAGGGCCGUGGGCUUUUCGUGCCUGGAGCAGAGACCAAACCAGGAACCAGGACUCGCAAGAACUCAAAUGCUCCAUCUGUCUCCGCUUCCCUUGUUCCUGGACAGGAAGAAAGGCCCCAGCCAACCAUCAAGUACCGUGCAGAGUCGCCCGACGAGGCUGCAUUGGUGUCCGCUGCCAAGAAUGUCGGAUUCGCGUUUGUUUCUCGCGGUGCCGCCCCUAGCACAGAUGGAGGUGACCCGAAGGCAGCCAAGGGCAACUCUCGCCAGAACGUCAACUUGAAUGUUCUUGGUCAGGAUCUUACCUAUGAGCAGCUGGAUGUCAUCAAGUUCAACUCGACUCGCAAGCGUAUGACUGUCAUUGUCAGGGAGCCCCAGGAACUCGGCGGAAAGAUUUUGCUGUUGACCAAGGGAGCCGACAAUGUCAUUUUUGAGCGCCUUUCUCAAACUGACGACGAGACCCUCCGCGACCAGACCGAGAGUGACAUUGAGACGUUCAGUAACAUGGGUCUCCGUACUUUGACCUUGGCACAGCGCGUCCUUGACCAGGAAACUUACAACCAAUGGGCUACCAAGUAUGCCGAGGCUGGAAAGGCGCUGGAUGACCGUGCCAAGAAGAUGGACCAGGUUGCCGAGGAGAUUGAGCGGGACUUGACUCUCUUGGGCGCCACCGCUAUCGAGGACAAGUUGCAGGAAGGAGUCCCCGAAAGUAUUGCUGCGUUGCGCGAGGCCGGUAUCAAGGUCUGGGUCCUGACUGGAGACAAGCUGGAGACAGCCAUCAACAUUGGAUUCGCCUCCCGACUGCUCGAGAAGGAUAUGAAGUUGGAAAUCAUGAAGAUGGGACGCAACGAGGAUCCAACUCGGGUGCUCGCACGUUUCAAGGAUUUGGUUAACGGCGUUUUGAGCGGCAAGGGCAGUUGCCACGAUGGCGCUCCAUCAAUCGGCGAGAAGAGAAGCGAAUCGGAGGCGCCCUUGAACGAGAAGGCAGAGUAUCAGGAGCCGCAACAAACGCCACCUCAGCCCUAUACCACCGAGGGUGCUGGAAACACUUGGAAUGAGAAGCACCUUCCUCCCACACCAGCUGGAACAUCGCUUGUUGAUCAUGAGCAGACGCAGCAGGAGACUUCGGGUCAGGGAGAGCACGCGUUGAUCGUUGAUGGAUCUGCGCUCAAGAUUUUGCUGGAUGACCCAGAGGCACGCCAGGAUUUGAUCAAGCUGUCGGAUAUAUGCUUCUCUGUUAUCUGCUGCCGUGCUUCGCCCCUUCAGAAGGCCUUGGUUGUCGAGUUGAUCCGCCGAGGCAAGAAGACUGUCUGUCUCGCUAUUGGAGACGGAGCCAACGACGUCUCCAUGAUCCAGGCCGCCAACAUUGGUGUUGGUAUCUCCGGUCAGGAGGGUAUGCAGGCUGCCAUGGCUUCGGAUUACUCGAUUACCCAGUUCCGCUUCGUCCGCAAGCUGGUUCUCGUCCACGGUCACUGGGGCUACAUGCGCAUCGCCGAGAUGAUCCUCAACUUUUUCUUCAAGAACGUCCUCUGGGUUGCCGCCGUCCUCUGGUUCCAGAUCUACUGCGGAUUCUCGGCGAUGUUGUUUUAUGACUACACGUUUGUGUCGUUGUACAACUUGAUGCUGACUGCAGUGCCAGUGCUCGUUCUUGGUGCAACGGAUCAGGAUCUGACGGCGCCUUAUGUUCUGCGUUACCCCGGUGUUUAUAAACUUGGUAUCCAGCAAAAGCGCUAUAACCAGACACGAUUUGUCUUCUACAUGCUCGAUGGUGUCUGGCAGUCUCUUGUCGUGUUCUGGUUCUGGCGCGGUGUCUUUGGACUCAACGUUUUGGGCACCAGGGGCUUCGACAACUCGCUUCUGGAGUUCUCGACUUCAGUUGCGAUCACGAACGUUGUGAUCGCGUCGCUCUACGUUGGACUGCACUCUUACCACUGGACCUGGCUGACCCACUUUGCAGUCUGGGGCUCGAUCACGUUCCUGGCCCUCUUGGUUGUCCUCUAUGGCUUUGUUCAAUCGUCGCCCAUCUACCACGUCGCCAUUCACCUGUUCACCUACGGUCCCUUCUGGUUCAUGUUGAUCCUGUCGGUUGUCGCUGCGCUCUUGGCAAGAUUCACUAUCCUCUUUGUGAGCUUCUGGUGGUUGCCCGAUGACGUCCAUGUGGUCCGCGGGAUCAUGCUCAGUGAGAAGUGGAACGCCAAGGCCCUGAAAGUCGCCUGGUCCGGAUUGGCGCCCGAUGGCUUGACACCUGCCGAACAGACUGAUCAGGAGAAGGCACUUUUGAAGAAGCAGGAUUGCAUCAACCAAGAGAAGGAAGCUGCCAAGUUAGCCAAGAAGAACGGCAAGGACCCCAACUUUUACGAUAACAAUAACGACCACCACCCUAAUACCAACCAACCCGGCAAGAACGCUCGUUCUGGAGCGAACCAAGAUCAGCCAUAUGACUUGACCAUGAUCCAGAUCAAUGUCGACGACCAUUCCCAGGAUGCGACUCGGCAACCUACUCAGCCCCCAUCAGUCCCUACUCAGACACCGCUGCAGAUCCAACAACAGCUUUUGAUGGCACAGCAGCACCAGCAGGAUCGACUUGCUGCUGAGGCAGCCGCCAAUGGUAGCACCGAUCGCCUCCCUCUGCCAAAUGACCCUUCGUUCCAGCACAGUCGCCGCAAGUCGUCCUACAACUACAACAACGUUGAUCUGAACUCUCUGAAGGACAAACCCGCGGCACUACCCCCAAUACCCUCGCCAUCUCUCCCCUCUGAGACUUCAGGAUCAUCGUCGGUGGCGUCUCUCCAACAGGCAGCGGUCGCGCGUCAUGGUGUACCUCCAAGGGUUGUGACGACCGAGGAAGCCAUAGCCGCCGGAGCUGCAGCAGCCGCUGCUGCAGGAAGUCAAUGA